AAUUGCCUGCACGCACAACAUGUCGCAUAGCUAUAUCGUAAAAAGUCAACAUAAUCGACGGUCUGGAUUGAUAGAUUGACCAACGGCGAUGUUUUGUCUGUUUGUCGGGAGACGAAGGUCGACCAAACAAAGCCCUAUCUCCACACGAAAACAGAGGCUCUCUCUCUCUCUCUUCACAUUAUCUUCUCGGAGUCUUAACAGAGCCAAAGAGGGAUUUGAAGAUGGCGAGUAGUACGUUAGAUGUAUCGAGAGCAGAGCUGGCUCUAGUGGUUAUGUAUCUGAACAAAGCAGAGGCAAGGGAUAAGCUAUGCAGAGCUAUACAGUAUGGUUCCAAGUUCUUGAGCGGUGGACAACCUGGUACUGCUCAAAACGUUGAUAAAUCCACUAGCUUAGCAAGGAAAGUCUUCCGUCUUUUCAAGUUUGUUAAUGAUUUACAUGGUCUUAUCAGUCCUGUUCCUAAAGGAACUCCACUUCCUCUUGUUUUACUUGGAAAGUCCAAGAACGCGCUUCUGUCUACAUUCUUGUUCUUGGAUCAAAUUGUCUGGCUUGGGAGAUCAGGAAUCUAUAAGAACAAAGAGCGAGCUGAGUUACUUGGACGUAUAUCACUUUUUUGCUGGAUGGGAUCAUCUGUCUGCACAACUUUAGUCGAGCUUGGUGAGAUUGGAAGACUCUCAUCGUCCAUGAAGAAGAUCGAAAAGGGGCUUAAGAAUAGCAACAAGUAUCAAGAUGAGGAGUAUCGUGCUAAGCUUAAAAAGUCUAACGAGAGGAGUCUUGCUUUGAUCAAAUCAGCCAUGGACAUUGUUGUAGCAGCUGGUCUUCUUCAGUUAUCUCCAGAGAAGAUCACUCCUCGUGUCACUGGAGCUUUUGGAUUCAUCACCUCAAUCAUUUCUUGUUACCAGUUGCUUCCGACACGUCCCAAGAUCAAAGCACCUUGAAGAUUAUGGAAGAAUCUGGCGUCCAGGAGGUGGUCACUCAGAGAGUUUAUGUUGGUAUGAUUGUAAUAAAAAUGUUCUAUACCUCGGUUUCUUGUUGCACACGUUUUAGUUCAUAACGCAAACCGCGCACAUUACUUCUUUGGGCUUUCUUCACAACCCCGCAAGGUUUCAACUC